AAAAUCAUUGGUGUCUUCAAGCCCAAGAACGAGGAGCCCUAUGGGCAGCUGAACCCCAAGUGGACCAAAUGGCUGCAGAAGUUGUGCUGCCCAUGCUGCUUUGGGAGAGACUGCCUCGUCCUCAACCAGGGUUACCUGUCAGAGGCAGGCGCCAGCCUGGUGGACCAGAAACUGGAACUCAACAUUGUUCCUCGCACAAAGGUGGUGUAUCUGGCCAGCGAAACCUUUAACUACAGUGCCAUCGACAGGGUGAAGUCCCGAGGGAAGAGGCUGGCCCUGGAGAAGGUGCCGAAAGUCGGUCAGCGUUUCAACCGCAUCGGUCUGCCGCCCAAGGUGGGCUCCUUUCAGCUCUUUGUGGAAGGCUACAAGGAUGCUGAAUACUGGCUGGGACGGGNGGCGGGGGAGCCGCUCCCGGAGAACACCAACCGGCAGCUGCUGCUGCAGUUUGAGCGGCUCGUGGUGCUGGACUAUAUCAUCAGGAACACAGAUCGGGGCAAUGACAACUGGCUCAUCAAGUACGACUGUCCCCUGGACAGCGCGGGCGUGCGGGACAGUGACUGGGUGGUGGUGAAGGAGCCCAUCAUCAAGCUGGCUGCUAUAGACAAUGGUUUGGCUUUUCCCUUGAAACACCCGGACUCCUGGAGAGCAUAUCCAUUCUACUGGGCAUGGCUGCCCCAGGCCAAAAUCCCCUUUUCACAGGAGAUCAAAGACCUGAUUCUUCCCAAGAUCUCAGACCCCAACUUUGUCAAGGACCUGGAGGAAGAUCUGUAUGAGCUCUUCAAGAAAGACCCUGGCUUUGACAGGGGACAGUUUCACAAGCAGAUUGCAGUCAUGAGGGGCCAGAUCCUGAACCUGACUCAGGCGCUGAAGGAUGGGAAGAGCCCCCUGCACCUGGUUCAGAUGCCGCCUGUGAUUGUGGAAACGGCACGUUCCCACCAGCGCACUGCCAGCGAGUCCUACACGCAGAGCUUCCAGAGCCGGAAGCCUUUCUUCUCCUGGUGGUAG